GUGUGUGUGUCUCUGUCUGUCUCUGUCUGUGUAUGGGGCUCUUUCUGUCUGUUCUCUCUCUCUCCUCCUUUCCCUGGUUCUGCUCCACAUGCCCCAGCUCCCUGCACCCACAGAAGCAAACUCUGCCUGUCUUCCACCCGCGGGGAUCCCUUUAAGGCUUUGAUCUCUGUUCGUGUUUUUUUUAUUUAAUCGGAUUUUUUUUCAUGAUGGCGCUAUUGGAGGGAGUGUGGAGAUCAGAGUCCGUUUGUUUUCAGGUUCACGACAGCAAGCUAGGAUGGAAGGAUUUCUCCAUCACACUCAUGUGGAAGCUGCCAAUUUUAAAGACCCAUUUGCCCCUGAGCAGCAUGUGACGGGCAUGUGAGUGACAGAGAGAGAGAGAGAGAGAGAGAGACCAGCGUCAGGGCUUUGAUCCAUCAGACCGCAUCCGGGGAUUCCUGAACCGAUGGGAAUUGGCAAGAACACUGCACCCAAGGGCACCAUGGAGUCAGCUAGCUCCUCCGAGAACAAGUACGAAGAUGAGAAGCACUCAGCGGCUUUCUUCCCAGUGCCGGUGCUAAUGAAUGGAGCUGCCGUCGUGAGUGGGGAACAUGACACGGAGGUCACUGAGCUGAUGGCUGUCUACACCAAACAGAACCCUGUAACUGACAAGUUGUCCUUAUCAGAUAGCUCGGAGAGCCAUGGCUGCAGCGAGGCCCAAAGAAUGGACAUGAUCUACACUGUUGAAGACGUCCCACCCUGGUACCUCUGUAUAUUCCUGGGUUUACAGCACUACCUGACCUGUUUCAGUGGCACCAUCGUUGUGCCCUUCCUGUUGGUUGAUGCCAUGUGUGUUGGCUUUGACCAGUGGGCCACCAGCCAACUGAUUGGGACCAUCUUCUUCUGUGUGGGCCUGACGACGCUGCUCCAGAGUACCCUCGGCUGCAGGCUACCGUUGUUCCAGGCCAGUGCUUUUGCGUUUCUUGCUCCUGCUCGAGCCAUUCUGUCCCUGGAGAAAUGGAAAUGCAAUAACUCAGAUAUAACCUUUACUAAUAUCUCAGAAAUGAUGGACACAUCACAUAUUUGGCACCCGAGGAUUCGAGAGAUCCAAGGUGCAAUCAUCAUGUCCUCCCUGGUGGAGGUGCUGAUCGGGUUCCUGGGCCUGCCUGGCAUUCUGCUGAGCUACAUUGGCCCCCUGACCAUCACGCCGACGGUCGCUCUGAUCGGUCUCUCAGGUUACCAGGCAGCUGGCGAGCGAGCAGGGAAGCACUGGGGCAUCGCCAUGCUGACCAUAUUUCUGGUGCUGUUCUUCUCCCAGUACGCGCGUAAUGUGAAACUUCCCCUCCCGGUUUAUAAAUACAAGAAAGGCUGGACAGUCUACAAGCUGCAGCUGUUUAAGAUGUUCCCGAUUAUCUUGGCCAUUUUGGUGUCGUGGUUCCUGUGCUUUGUCUUCACGGUGACAGAUGUUUUCCCACCAGACAGCGGGCAGUAUGGAUACUACGCUAGGACUGAUGCUCGCAAAGGUGUCCUCUCUGUCGCUCCGUGGUUCAAAGUUCCUUAUCCCUGUCAGUGGGGCUUGCCCACAGUCUCGGCAGCGGGGGUGCUAGGCAUGCUGAGCGCUGUGGUUGCCAGCAUCAUCGAGUCCAUUGGCGAUUAUUACGCCUGUGCCAGGUUAUCCAGUGCUCCACCUCCACCAGUCCAUGCAAUUAACAGGGGCAUCAUGGUGGAAGGCCUGUCGUGUGUCUUGGAUGGGCUGUUCGGAACGGGAAAUGGCUCGACAUCGUCCAGCCCCAACAUCGGGGUUUUGGGUAUCACCAAGGUGGGGAGCAGGAGGGUAAUCCAGUACGGAGCUGCGAUGAUGGUUCUGCUGGGAACAAUUGGCAAGUUCAGUGCACUGUUCGCCUCCCUCCCAGACCCAGUACUUGGAGCAUUAUUCUGCACUUUAUUCGGGAUGAUCACUGCUGUCGGCCUGUCCAACCUUCAGUUUGUUGACCUGAACUCCUCCCGGAAUCUCUUUGUGCUAGGAUUUUCCAUCUUUUUCGGGUUAAUGCUGCCUAGUUACCUGAAGCAAAACCCUCUUGUGACAGGUAUUUCUCAAGUUGACCAAGUCCUGAACGUACUGUUGACAACAGCGAUGUUUGUUGGAGGUUGUGUGGCAUUUCUGUUGGACAAUACUAUCCCAGGCACCAUUGAAGAGAGAGGUCUUCGCAAAUGGAAGGCUGGUAUGCUAGCGACCAAGUCUUUGGACAGUAAAGAGACUUACAACCUGCCAUUUGGCAUGGCAUUGAUGAAGAGGCACAAAGUGUUCAGUUACCUGCCCAUCAGCCCCACCUUUACGGGAUAUGGAUGGCGGAUGUGCCAGGAGGCUGGCAGCGUGAGGAGUCGGCCUGACAACGCUGAAGCGUCUGUAUAGCAUGCAGCCAACCACCCUGUGCCCUCUGAGGCUCCGAGUCUAUUCCACUGUUCAGAUUUUGGCUCCCAUGAUGGGGAAGGCAUGCAGGGUGGUGUUUAAUGGUUGGGGGAGGGUGUGUUGGAGUGGGAGGGUGUGGUGGAGAAAGCUCUGUGUGUGUGGGUGUGUGUGUCCCUGUUGCUUUCCCAUUUCCCCAACGCCAUUCCUCACCCGACAAUCUAGACUCCUCUGUCCAAAGCUCCCAAAGUGUGGACAGCAGCCAAUGAUCUGGAUCACGUGUUGGGAGUGGUCACUGAGCUCUCACCCCGCCUUCCCCCUGUGCUGCAGCUUGGGUCAGCCCAGUCCAGGGGUGGGCAGUCCAAGGCCCAAUCACUGGCAAAGGCACAACACUGUGGGCUGGGCCCACCCCCUCCGCACCUCCCUCUGCACACUCUCACCAGCCCUAUCCCCUUCCCACCACAGUCAGGGUAUUACUCUCCCUUUGACAGCACGGCAUGGCCGGGGAUUGGGGGCUGACUUUUCCCGGGGGGUGCAAGAUCAUGUGUGUGAUCAGGCUUUAGAGGGUGGGGAUGUGUGUUUGUCUUUGUGUGUGUGUCUGAGUGUGUUGUGUGUCUGUCUGUGUGUGUGUGUGUCUGAGCGUGUUGUGUGUGUGUGUGUCUCUGAGUGAGAGACUGACUGUAUGUGUUCAUCCAUCGCAGAGAGUGAUCCAAGGCCAUUCAGCCCAUCUAACCUGCCUGGGCCUUCAGCUCGUCCUGCUGCCUUGUGUUUCUGGCAUUCGCCUGAAUGCUGGCCGUACUGGGAGUCUGGCUGUUACCGAUCCCUGGCAGCACUGGCCUCAUUCACCCUGAGCGCUGACAUCUCAAGCCUGGCUGGGUUUUAUAACUAGAGGAAUACAGCCCCUUCGUCUCAUUGCCAAAGCUGGAAACAGACCUCCCCACAGGCAACUGGGCUGCAGAGAUGCUUCAGCUCCCCAGCCUGUCUCUGCCCAAACCUUUGCCACCCAUAUGCUCAGUCUGGGCACCUUGCUGGAUCAGUUGGUAUUUGGCACUUGGCAGGGACAGUCUGAGAGGGAGCAGAGGCUACAGCAAGGAAAGUUCUCAUUCCUGAUGAAGGUGGGGAUUUGUUCCUGUUUGGGACCCCAGCUGCACAGUGGUCUGCCUGGCUUGUGACCAGCAGGUCUCUCCUGAAUGGAUCUCUGGCUCUGGGCUGGUGAAGUCCAGCCACCCAAAAGAAAGCUGAUUCCCUCGGCUCUCCCUCGGAUCUGCAACAGAUCACCUAGCUGUUGUCUCUUCAUCAUCGCCACUGGCAAACGUGUGGCCACCGAAGGUUGGCCCAGCAUUUAUUGCCCCGUCCCUAGUUGCCCCUUGAAGGUGGGGUGAGCUGCCUUCUUGACCUGCUGCAGUCUUCCUGCUGUGGAUUGACCCACAAUGCCCCUUAGGGAGGGAAUUCCAGGAUUUUGACCCAGCGACACUGAAGGAAGGAGGGGUGUAUUUCCAAGUCAGGACAGUGACUGGCUGGGAGGGGAACUUGCAGGGGAUGGUGUUCCCAUGUACCUGUCCCCUUGUCCUUCUGGAUGGAGGUGGUCAUGAGUUUGGAAGGUGCUGCCGGAGGAUCUUUGGUGAAUUCCUGCAGGGCAUCUUGUAGAUAGUACACACUGCUGCAACUGAGCGUCGGUGGUGGAGGGAGUGAAUUCUUGUGGAUGUGGUGCCAAUCAAGUGGCUGCUUUAUCCUGGAUGGCGUCAAGCUUCUCGAGGGUUGUGGAUGGGUGCAGCCCCAACGUGUGUCUGUGUGUGAGUGUGUGAGCGUGACUGUGUGUGUGUAUGAGCGGGUGUGAGCAUGUGUCUGUCUGUGUGAGCGUGUGUGUGCGUGCGUGCGUGUGUGUGCAUGCGUUAAAAGGAUCCUCAGGACCUAAGUAGGAGUCACACUUGAACUGAAGCCAGCAUCGAUGUCCCAGCUCCUGCAGAGUACCAGCCACAGGCUGCCUGGGCACCAUCUGGCCAAGGGCUGGGCCAGCAUACAGUUAGUUUAACUCUCAGGGGUGGAGUUGGGGGGCUGGAGAGAACAGCGACGUCCUUGCCAAAGCGUUCCUCACUCACCAGGACGCCUCACUGCUCCCCUCAGUGUUAGUCCACAUGGCAAGAGAGUGCGGCCCUGACAGUUGAAUAGUGUGCCUGAUGCCUGGAGGUGCUCAGUGCAGGGCGGCUGCUCCUGGCUCUCAAACAGGGAUAGGAACUGGGCAGUAUGUACUGCUGCUAUUUCUGGGUCUGACAGUGGGUGAACGCGUGAGCACCCCUACACUACUGGUGGGGAGAGUGAGGGAACAAGGGGCUGAGGUCACUGCAGCUCAAAACCUCCAGCUGUUUGGAUUGGAACCCCAACUGGACAGGGAAUCCCCACUUACAUUCCCAGUGUGUCCACGCAUUUAUAUAUAGUGUGUAUAUGUGUGUGUGCAAAUAGAAAGAUAUAUACAUCUCUUUCUUGUUUUGUUCUGGAUCUCAGUGUUGUCAAUGCUGCUAGGUUGUUGGACAGGGGAUGGGUAGCCUAGAACUCCUUCACUCCCUGGGGUGAGAGGAUGGUUCUGUGUGUCUGAGCUGAUCCAAUGGAGUUCUACUGAAGGCCAAGUGUCCUUUUCCCAGGCCGCACUGAUUCUUGUAAGUCAAACCCUCCUGAGGUUGGGCACUGUGAAAAUACCACUUGGCCACAGAUACACAGGGCAUCAGGACCACCAGGCAUUUCUCUGGAGCACAGUCCUGUCUUCUGGUUUUCUUUGUGAAAAAUGCGUUUCCGGCUUAAUUUUGGCAAUGUAGCAAAAAUUAUCACCCCACAGUGUGAGAGAUUGGGGGCGUUUUUAUCAGAGAGCCAGGUCAGGCUGAUUGAAUCUGUCUGUAAUAUUUGUGUGUCUGUGUGUGUGUGCGCGUGUGCGCGUGUGUGUGUGUGUAUGUGUGUGUGUGUGUCUCUAGGUGUGUGUGUGUGUGUGUGUUGCUGUUUUUGUGUGUGUGUGUGUGUGUGUGAGAGAGAGAGAGAGAGAGAGAGAGCGAUGGUUAGAGGUGACAGAUGAGCUCGGUCAGUACCAUGGGCCAGUGAUCUGGCUGGUGUGGGCAUUGUGAGGGUGAACCCAGCCAGCAAUCACUAAGCACCAUUGCCAUAGGCUCUCCCUCUCCAUUCUCGCUGACUGCAGCCUUUGCAGUGUUAUGGGCAGGUUCCCGACUUUGCCUCAGUGUUGAUAUGGCAUAUUGUGUCCUGAUUAUUUAUAGCAGCAGAGAAUGUCCUAACUCCAGAGCCGAGGCUGGAUUCCGCCCUCCCCGGGGAAGGAUCUGUCUCAUCGAUGUCAAGAUUGGCUUCUUUUCAAUGGGGAGCUUGUUGAGGCCCACACGGGCAGGUCAGUGAGCGUGCAUUCUGGUCAACCCACCCUUUGGCACAAACAGACUCUGCGUUUCAUCCCUGAGUCACCUGGCCCCUCAACAGAGGUCUUGCCCCAGGGCAUGAUACAGUGGAGCGGGUGUCCACUGCUUCCUCUCCCCUUCCUCAGUAAAACACUCCAGUCUGCUGGGCAUUUGGAGUCUCUGGCUGUGUCUCGGGAGCUGACUGACAGAGAAAAUGCCAGUUUCAGGAAACCAGUGUUGGAUCUGUACACGUCAGUGUUCAGACUUGCUCGCUCCAUGUGGGGCAAGGACGCUUCGGAAGCUCCUUUCGAGGCAGUUGUUGUGUGUGUGUGUGUGUCUGAUCGAACCGUCCUGUGUCUCUGCUCUGUAUCAUUGUACUGUAGCUAUUUCCUGUUAUCCACAGGCAAGUUUCCAUGGUAUUGUUUUAGCGUUGCGUCAUGGGUCUGUGAAACAUCUGUACGCGAGCCUGUGAUGUCUUUGCUGGGUUUAUUUGAAUCAUUGUCUGGUCACAAACGACUUAUCUGCUCAUUCCAAGUUUAUUCAACGAUUAAAGAAGAGA